AUGUACUGCGACUCCGACGUGCAAUCUCUGCAAUCUACACCGCACACCAUAGACACUUAUGGUCAAGGAGCUGUCUUUUGGGGAGGAAGUCCUGUGGCUGCUCAAACGGCAGCGGCGGCGGCCCUGCAUCGAGCUGCCUCUACAGCAGGAAGAUGCCCAACAGAAUCAAGAGGAGCUGCCUCUACAGCAGGAAGAUGCCCAACAGAAUCAAGAGGAGCUGCCUCUACAGCAGGAAGAUGCCCAACAGAAUCAAGAGGAGCUGCCUCCACAGCAGCAAGAUGCCCAACAGAAUCAAGAGGAGCUGCCUCCACAGCAGCAGCAAGAUGCCCAACAGAAUCAAGAGGAGCUGCCUCCACAGCAGCAGCCGCUCCAAGACGCCUCUCAACGGGAGGAUCAGAAGGGACAGACGCUGGUGUCUCUCACAGAGGGUCGAUUGCAGCACUACGUGAGGCGGCGGACUCUGCAGUCUCCCAAGAAGACUGGCAAGCGGAAUUUGACGCACUCAGACAAUCCCUCGACACGUUCAACAAAGGAGAGCCCCCACGAGAGUCUGUUUACCCCAUCGAAGACAAGGGCCCUGCUGCAUGCGCUCCUUGGCGGACCACCCUCGUGAUUGAAGCGAUUGACUGUGGCACAGGCGGGUGCGCUGUAUGUCUCCCUGUCUCCGCUGCUACAGCCUUGCGGCGAGACGCUCACAGCCAGACGCUGCGGCUGCUAAGCGGUAGCAAGGCGUUGCCGCGCUUCGUUUCGCCCCCCAUAGUGCUGCCUCGCCGCAUGCGGAGGCUGCAGUUCCACCUCUUCCGACGAACUCCGUGUCGACAACUCCUGAAGCAGUCGACAGCGUGGAAGGAUACGGGAGAGCUGCUGGCCAGCAGAACUGUCGCCAUUCCAGAAGGCCCCUCCUGCGCCGUCAAGUGCAUUUUCGGUUAG